UGAGGAACAACAUGCUAUCCUGAGUAAAAACGUACCCACACCAUAGUUGUCAUGCAACUCUGCAUGCUUAAAAUGUUUGUCAUGCGGAGCCCCAUGAGAAGCAUUUUCUAGUGCGGUUUUGAAAUUUGUCAUGCUCCAAUCAGCACGAGCUACUAGAUCUGUAAUGCUGCUAAACUAGCUCAAACAGCACUACACUACGCGGACAAACUUGUCAUGCCAAACAACCAAAGCUGGCUGAUUUGUCUAGCAGAUUCCCCAUCCUGACUCUGGUGUGGGUACGUUUUUACUCAGGAUGCAUGCGAUUGGUUAUUCAUCUACUUUUCAGAACAGGAGCUACCGGUCGCAAUCCACCAUAACCAGGUCGAGGUCACGGAGCAACCGGCUUCGAUCCCGGACCCGGUCACGUUCGCGGCACAGGAAUAAUUGGAGGUGGCCGCGUGAACAACAAGAAGGAGUAUGGAUUGCAAAUAUGUCUGGGUCUGGAAGAGUAAAAACUUGUGAUGCGCAUUUCAGAACACAGAAAAAUCUCUCAUGCCUAGGUAGCAAAAGCUACUCACUUUCUGUCACCAAGAUGGGGGAUUUGUCAUGCGGAUUCGGCAUUGCGGGAGCUUCUCGAAACCUGUGAUGCUAGAGCUUCCAUGCCAGACCUUCUGUGUCAUGCAAAAACAGCAUGACUCUUCCAGACCCAGACAUUUUACAUUUGAUAAGGAGCCCGGCUUCGAUCCCGGUCACGUUCGCGGCACAGGAAUUAUUGGUGGCCGCGUGAACCACAAGGAGUCCACUCUUACGACUACCCGAAGGGAGCGAAUGUUCAGACGAGCUUUUACACGACGACCAAAGGCGCAGCUGGCUGGGCGACAGCGACUUCGUGGCAUAAAGGCUGCAACCAGCCCGACGACAGUAGAGCCCGUGUAUUACAUCGCCAGCAUGUUGACCACAACCACUGGCACAGCAGUUCGUCUUCGCGAGUAGACCAAACGCGCUCUACUUCUAACGGGUCGCAAUACAAGUUUCACGAGUGGGGCUAUGACUCUUACCCCGACAGGACCGCUGCCACCAAAGGCAGCAGCGCUACAGAGGCCCCGACUGCUGGCGUUUUUGGUCGCCCCGCCUUUGCGCAGCAGCUUCACCACAGUCGCGCAGAGACCACCAGUUACGGCAUUAAAGGUCUUCGCCAUUGUUCUCAGGGGUCGCGCAGCUGGGCGGCGAAGGGUCAAGGCAAAGGCCAACAUGGGUGCAGUUUGUCUGCCGCCAAGGGAACAUCUUCAGCGUCGUCAGGAAAAGGCCAGCGCGCCAGUGGGAGCCGCGUGCCUCCCAUUGGCGAGACGGGCAGCAGCUUCUUCCUGGAAAAUCAGAAACAACCCUCUGAAAACACAAACACACGGCCGGGAUGCAGCAGCAGCAGCCAAUCAACCACGGCAAGCGGUAGCAGCUUCGCGGAGGCUCAUGGCGCUGCUACAUCUUCUUGCUCUGGAGGCGAGGGCGGCGGUGGAUCUGGGUUGGUACAUCAUGACUCCAGCAACAGCCGGCAGUCAACAACUGCUCGAGCAUCUGUUUCCACCGAGGACCCUGCAGCACUAAAUCGCACGCUGAGCAGCGGCACGACGACAGCAGGGGCUGUUGACCCACAGAAAAAUAGCAGCCGGCCAAAAUGGAUCAUACCACUGCAGGGCGUCGCUUCUGGUCUGGGCCUGUACAAGGUCAAAGCGUGGAAACCCGAGGGCAUCACCGAAAAAGAGCUCGCCGAGCUGGAGCGCAUGACGAGGCUGAAGAUGGGCAGUCUCAAGCGCGAUUACCACGUGCCGAGAGGGCUCCAGUGGUGGGAAACCUUCGACGAGGGUGCGCCGCGUAUGGAUUGCAAAUAUGUCUGGAUCUGGAAGAGUACAAACUUGUGAUGCGCAUUUCAGAACACAGAAAAAUAUCUCAUGCAUAGGUAUCAAAGUCUGCCACUUUCUGCCAGCAAAGUGGGGGAUUUGUCAUGCGAAUUCGGCAUUGCGAAAGCUUCUCGAAACCUGUGAUGCUAGAUCUUCCAUGCCAGACCUUCUGUGUCACUCAUCCAAAAACAGCAUGACUCUUCCAGACCCAGACAUUUUUGCAUUUGAUACCGCGGGCGGCAGCGCAACUCGCUACGAAGCUCUCAGAUGUUACAGUCAGCUGUAUGCAUGUGUCUGUCAUGCAAGGAUAGCAAAAGUGAGGGGGGGGCUUGCGCGUGGUGCAUUGCAAAUUCGGCACAGACUUCUAUGUUGCUUGGCCCGUCGAUAAUUUGUCAUGCGAGCUACCUUGGUCGCGCGGGUGCUGAUGCUGCUUUCGCAUCAAAAAUCCAUAUAACAACUGACAAUGGAACGUUUGAGAGCCCCAUACUAGAGGCGAAGUUGUUCGAGGCCGGUGCGACGUGGAAAACGGUCCGCGGCACCGGGACUACGGAGGGCACCUACGACAAGAUGGGCAUGAAGCAGUACAAAACUGCGGCGGCUGCGAUUUUGCAAGACCACCCGCCGGCGUAUCAAGUGCAAAAGUGUCUGGGUCUGGAAGAAUUCAUGGCUGUCAUGCUUGUCUGGCGUGACUCUUAAAUCUGUCAUGCGCGUUACCCAAGAGCUCGGCUUUUCUGUGAUGCAGAAGCGCAGUUUGUCAUGCAGAAUAGGCAACACCAAGGAGCUAAGAAACUUGUCAUGCUGAGCCACCAUCUGUAGCCUCAUCAUGAGACGCCACCCAGCAUCACAAGUUUCCAGACCCAGACAUUUUUGCAUUUGAUACGGCGUGGGGGUACGCUAGGCACGCCGCCCUCGUCCUCGCCGCCGUGAAAUCCGCG